CCUGCAGGACACUCCCCACAGUGAUUACACAGAGAUCACACUCCCAGCAAUCCAGGAAGAGCGACACGAAGAGCAGGAGAGGAAACAUCGUACUGUACACAGAUAACUUGCAAAAAUGCCGCCAUUUCCUCCAUGUUGUGGUCUCAUCAUCGUUGCUUCCCGCCAGCCAGUCCCUCUGCAGGGGAUCUGGGUUGACGUCCAGGUGAAAGGCUUUGUGGCGGACGUAUCGGCGACUCUCAAGUAUAAGAACAAGGAGGAGAAGGCGAUAGAAGCGGUCUUUGUCUUCCCCAUGGAUGAAGACUCCGCCGUCUACAGCUUUGAGGCCACAAUAGAGGGGAAGAAGAUUGUAGCCGACCUCCAGGAGAAGAAGCAGGCUCAUAAAACCUACGAUGAGGCCAUCAGCCGAGGUGAACAAGCCUUUCUCCUGGAGGAAGAUGAGAGCUCGGCGGACAUCUUUAGCUGCAGUGUCGGGAAUCUCCCUCCUGGCCAGGAGGCCGAGGUCACCCUGAAAUAUGUGCGGGAGUUGCCGGUGGAGGCAGACGGAGCUGUGCGCUUCGCACUCCCGGCCGUCCUAAACCCCAGAUACACCCCAAAAGAUCAAGAUGUGAGCAUAACAGCCACACGUCCGCAGGUGCCCAUUGGUGAGAUCCCGUACACGCUGAGUCUGAACGCUCACUUCCAAUCUGUGUAUGGGAUCGCCAAGAUCGAGUCUAACUGUAACAUCACCCCCCUGGAGUACACAAAUAGUGACAAGACCAGCGCCAAGGUGUCACUGGCAGAGGGGCACAAGUUUAACCGAGAUGUAGAGUUCUUGGCUUAUUAUACAGAUGUGAGCAAACCCAGCGUCACUGUGGAGCCGGGGCUUGGAGCUACAGAUGCUGGCCAGGAAUCGGCACCGACACCAUCAGGGUCCAUCAUGGCGGAGUCGGUGGCCAUGUUCAAUUUCUACCCGAGUUUCCCAGCUGGACAGGAGCAGUCCAAUUGUGGCGAGUUUAUAUUCCUCGUGGACCGGUCUGGGAGUAUGGAAUGUUCAAUGAAUUCUGAGCCAAAUGCCCCUCAGAGAAUUCAUAGUGCCAGGGAGACGCUGGUUCUUCUAUUGAAGAGUUUACCUCUCGGGUGUUACUUUAAUAUUUAUGGCUUUGGCUCCCAUUUUGAGGCUUUCUUCCCGGAGAGUGUGGAGUACACACAGAAGUCUAUGGAGGAGGCGGUGAAGAAGGUGAAUGAGAUGGACGCCAGCUUUGGAGGAACAGAAAUUCUCCAACCUCUACAGAAGAUCUACCAAACAGCCGGGAGAGCCGAGCACCCCCGACAGCUUUUUGUCUUCACAGACGGAGAGGUCGGGAACACGAAGCAAGUGAUCGACGAAGUUCAGAAAAAUGCUCAGAAACACCGGUGUUUUACAUUUGGGAUCGGUGAAGGAGCCUCCACGUCCCUCAUUAAAGGCAUGGCCCGGGCAGGAAGCGGAACCUUUGAGUUUGUCAGUGGAAAAGAUCGCAUGCAACCCAAGGUUCUUCGGGCACUCAAAUUCUCCUUACAGCCCGCUGUGAAGGACAUCUCUCUCACAUGGACUCUUCCUUCCAGUGUGGAAGCCAUCGUCCUGUCCAAAGUCCCCACUGCCAUCUUCCAGGGUCAAAGAUCUAUUGUCUACGCUCAGCUGAAGGGAAAGGUGGAGAAUGAAGCGGAAGGUGAGGUCUGUCUGCAGUACAAGUUUAAAGAUGAAGCCAUAAAGAAUGAUCUUCGUUUCCCGCUGAAGGUGCAGAACGCGGAAAGGCCCACCAUCCACAGACUGGCAGCCAAAACUCUGAUCUCUGAGCUAGAAUAUGGACCAGAGUCACCAUCCGAAGAGGUGAAGAAGAAGAUCUUAGAGACCAGUCUGCAGUCUGGGGUUGUCUCUUCUCUUACCGCCUAUGUAGCCGUCAACAAGGACACCAAGACCCGUGUGGAGGGACCUCCUAUUCGCAGGGAUGUCCCAGCUCCAGCAUUUAUGAUGAUGGGCUCAGCAUUCCACGGAGCACCUAGAAUGAUGGCUUGUGGUGCUCCCAUGCAAUUUAAGAAACUCCGAGCUGGAGGGCCACCUAUAAGAAAUUCACCACGAGGAGGGCGUAGGCCUCAGGGAGCAUCAGUUUUGUUGGAUAGCAUUGACCUUGAAGAUAUGGAUGAUGAUAUGGAUGAUGGAGCCCCACAGCCACUACCACCUCCACCCCCACCCCCUGUCCAAGUGGGGACCCCCGGUCUUGUGAGGCUGAUCAAUGUGCAGAACGCGGACGGAUCCUGGAAUCUGACCCCCCAAGUCUCUGCUGUCCUGGGAAUAUCUGAGGCAGACAUAAAAACCGGGAACCCCGACCAGAAAAUGGAGGUGUCGGUGUGGGUGACGGUCCUGGCGGUGAUCUGGCUUCACGCCACCUGUGUGGAUCAGAGAGAGGAGUGGGAGCUGCUGGAGGGGAAAGCCAUUACCUGGGUCAAGGCAAAAGCAGGUUCCUCUCUGGGGGAGUUUGUCAGAUCCGGGAACCAGCUGCUGAAAUGCUCCGUGGACUCCAAAGUGUUCGGCCUGUAAGAGGAGACGUCUGGAGGAACCAAGAUGGCGGAUGUGUGCCUUUGUACUCUGUUCCUGUAUCUGGGAGCGAGACCAACGUUAGAUGUGCUGAGUUUUCUAUUUAGGAAAUAAUAAAGUCCCGUACACACGAUCGGAAUUUCCGAUGGAAAAAGUCAGACAGACUUUUUCCAUUGGAAAUUCCGACCGUGUGU